AGAUCACUACUACAUGCUAAAACCUAUUCAUUCUUUUGCAGGUCAUACAAAGUGAAUUUCAUGACCAACCCGACGAUACACCCUUCACGACUGUACCAUCAUAUACAUCGCGGAAUGGUUUCGUUAUCAUGACGUCACAUCCGAACAAAGAGGAAGUGUGGGAGACACUUUACAAUAGUGACUGCCGAAGUCUGUUCACGUACCCUACAAAUGAUCAGUGUUAUCUGCCAACAGCUGAAACUUCAGUGACAACCAAGAGGUUCGAAGUGACUGUUUCGAGAUCUACCCCAUUGUCUGACAACAUCUUACUGAACACAGUUGAAGUCAAAUUAAAGGAUAGUGGCGAGUUCACUGUUAUGCAACACUACCACAACACCGGAAGUGCACGUGACGCGGAACUGGGUUUGCUUAUUGAUAGCUUUCUGACAUGGACCAAUGAUCCGGAACGAGUCUGCAGCAUGAUCAUUUCUGACUGUAUGAGCGAGUGUCGACUCCUGGUGCUUCUUGUGAACAUCGCCAGCAGACUGCAGGACGACGGUAGGGUGGACGUCAUCAACAACAUGCGACAAAUGUUCACACGUCUGGGAGGUCCACCAUUCACAGAGGCUGACGUGAGACUUUGUUUGGAGUUUACUCAGCGGCGACUGGAGACACUCGGAGUUUACGCCAACAUGUGAAAUGCACACGAGAACUUUAGUUUUCAAUACCAACCACUGAAUACAGGAACAGUGUCCUUUAGUAUUCAGCAUAAUUCUAAGCAAUGCUGCACAUUUAAAACAACUAACGGAGCAUAUGCUCUUAAGGCGACAAAUAUUCUUUUCUCUAUGAUUACAUCUUCAUCGGCAUCACAGCCUAAAAAAAUAAAGUAUGACUUCGGAGGUUCCAUCCGAGUAUUCAAUCUUAGUAUUGGAAAUAUUUCGUUUCAUUCUUUUGCUUUUAACGUGAUUACGCUUCUCUACAUGAGUAUGGAUUAACUCACGAUAAACUAUUCACGGCUUUAUAUUUUGAUAUGUAGAAUUCUUAUAACAUCAGGGCACAAUUUUGCACAUUUUUCAGUUAAGAUAUUCUUUGCAGAUCGUAGGCCUUAUAUUUUGUUUGUUUUUUGUUUUCUCAAGUCCGUUUUGUAGCUCAACUGACUGAAAGUCUGAUUUGCAAUAUGUCCGGGUGAAAGAUCUAUUUAUGGCCAUUAAUCAGUCAAUUUCAAUCCAAUUCUAAUUGGUACAGUUGGUAAAUGUUUUGUUGGGCUCAACAAAUAUGUUCCGUUGCAAUUCUACCAUACUGAAUGAUGAAUCUUUACAUGGCCAUCUUUGUUUUGAAAUUUGAUAUAUGUGUAGUUUGUUUUUUGAAUGAAUGAAUGAUGUUUAUUCUCGUAAAUCACGGCAGUGAUACAGAGAUGUAAUUGGAUACAGGAAUUAGAUACAAUAGGAGAAAACAUGUCAGUGGAACAUUUCCAUACUUGAUCUUAUAGUGGGGCUCAAUACAUGUUCCAUUUUUAGCGCCUUUAUUUGACCUUUUACCUUUGACCAAACCACUUAACUCUCAAAAUGGAAUUCUUUGCACUGUUCAGUUAUUGUUUAUGUCAGAUGUGUACAAAUAUAAUGACAUAUCUGUAGAGCUUGUUGUGCGAUUCAACAUGCAUAUUCCCGGGUUGUUGUUGGCUUUUUUGGAAACUUUAAAACUAUGAGCCAAAUAUGCAUCAAUAACAUUUCAGAGCAAGGUCAAAAGUAGUUUAACAUUUUCAUUUUUAUAGUGAAACACUUUGCAAACGCAUAUUCGAUUGUUUGUAAUGGCUAAGAAAAUCAAUAUAACUUGUUCUGUGCAUUUAUGCAUGAGAUAACCAAAGACAACAACAUCAUUCUUUGACAUGCGAGUAAAUAUUCACAAAUACAAUCUCUUGACCUUCAAGUAAAAACUGAGAUUGCGUUUUCAUUGUGUGUCAUACAGAUUUCAAAUAAAACGCUAUCAACCAAUCAUUAUCUCGCUAUUUAUCUCACAAAUGUUUAGUGCAGUUUUAUAUGAGAUUUUAUAUGUUCAUGCAAUUAUAAUUUCAGGUAUAAGAAAUAAAUGCUUUCUUGUCUUUA